UCCGCCGGCCUCACUGCGCGCGUGACUUUUGUGCGCCAAACGGAGCUGCGCCUCGCCGUGCGUUCAGCUGCAGUCGACGACAUAAUAUACGACGGGAGCGCAACUCUAUUUCCGAAAAAUAUAUAUAUAAACGUGUAGGCAUUUAAUACCACGGCUGCAGCAUAAGAAUACCGCGUGUGUCACCGAGACGACGACGACGACGACGAGGACGGCGACGAUCGCCUAAUCGGUUCACUGUAAGUGUUUUCAAUUUUUAAGUGGUAAACAUAAAUAUUUCUGAAAUAAAAAGUAGCUGGGAUCACUCCUUGCUAAGUCUAGCACCUGCCUGUGGAAAUUCCGUCAAAAUCAGUAUAGAUGUUUCGAAGAUUAGCGUGAACAAAUAUACAGACACUUCAAUUGCGUUUAUUUGGGCAGAUUAUAAUAUUAUACUACCCAUGUCAGUGUGAUAUCUGUUGUUAUGUUGAUUAUGACUCUUGAAAUCUAUUGAAGUCUUGGAAAACAACAUAACUAUAGGAUGCCAGAUAAAGUGAUAGUUUUGAACGAAGGACCGCCGUGGGGAUUCAGAAUGACUGGUGGAAAAAAUACAGGAUCACCAUUGAAAAUAUCAAGGGUUAACAAUGCAGGAAAAGCGGCAAAAGCUGGUGUUCGAGAAGGAUUUUUAAUUGAAUCGAUUAAUUCUGCAUCUGUUGAUCAUCUUACAUCCAACGAAGCUCAAGCAUUAAUUAGAAAUUCUGGAGAUACAUUGACCAUUGGCGUUUAUCGGCAAUCGAAGUCCAAUAUCGAAAAGAACGACCAAAAACAUGAAACUGAAGCUAAAGCAGGCACGGAUAUAAGUGUAAGACCAAAACCGACCGAAGCAGAAACACCGAAUAAAAAAAGUAAAAGAGUACGAAAACGUAGGAGGAAAAAGAAACGCGCAGACUCACCCGAAAAAUUAAAUGAUCAACAUCCGAAAACUGUACCAGAUAAAAUAAUUGAACACACUCGAGAGUUAACGCAAAUAACGGAAUGUCCAAAAAUACAAAUAGUACCAGCAAAUUCAGAUUCACGAGUUGGUGAAUUAGAAUGGAUCAAACAAAAUGAAGCGCUUUUAAUAGCUGACUUAAAAACACGUCAACAAGCUGGUCUACCAAUUCAAGUAGUAGUCAGAGUUGAAAAAAUUACACCUUCGGUACCAGAAUAUUGUCAAAUUAUUCCAGACUUUUGCCACCUAGAUGUUAUUAAAGAGGAAACAAGUGCAAGCGAUGAAGAUCCAAAAAAGGAAACUUGGGAGUGUUCCGAAAAAAAUAGAAACGUGAAUAACUUCAAAGAGGUACUUGAAGAUUGGGAUUCAAAUGUCGACAAAGAACAAAAUCAUGAAUUAGAAAUCAUUUCAGAAGUUAGUGCAAGUGAAGUUAUAGCUUCAGAAUGCCAGCUCGAAAGAUUAGAGUCUCCGUCUUUAGUCAGUGAGUCGGAGAUUCUCAGGUUUGCAGAUAUCGUUACUACUGAAAACGAAUGUGUAAUUGAUUUAGAAACACUUGAACCGUUAAAAAACGUGUUAUUAGAUGUGCGUAAUGUAGAAAAUAAUGUAUAUGUCGACUGUGGAUCACAGAGUAUUUCAAACAAAAAUAAUUUAAUUAAUGGAAAAUAUAAGAACCAUUUCACUACGGAAAAUGUAAAGGUUAACAAAAGUCCAAUACAACAUGAAAAAAUAAUUAAUAAUAGUAUAAUUGUAAAUGAAAAUGAAAAUAGUAAAAAAAACCAAUUCAUAACAAAUACUUUACUCGAUAUAGAAUCGUGUUAUGAAGAUGUACACUUUCAAAAAAAUCCUAUAGAAAUUCAUUGUAAAGAUAAAAAAGUGAACAACAUUGAUAUUUUAAAUACAAAAACUCAAUUCAUUAAUACCUCUGCUUCAGUCGAACUUUCACGUAAAUCGAUCAUGAAAAAAAAUAAUGAAUUACCAAAGAAUGUUUUUAAUAACAAUCAAGAGUACACGGAACACGAUGGAGAGUCUUCGGACGAUAGUACUAUAAAACAGUGUAACAUAUACGACCAUAAACAAAAAUCAUGUAGACAAAACAAAGUUUCCAUUAACGAUAAAUUAAAACAGAUAGCUAGAUUACUUCAAGAUGAUACCGAUGAUUACGAAGAAAUACAAUCAUCACAAACAACUUCUAGAUGUGUUUCGAUUGCUUCUGAUGCCGACGUGGAUACCGACUGGGUAAGUUUUACACUCUCUGACGGCGAGUCGUCAAAGUCUUUAUGUCUAUCGCCUAGUCAGUCGAGAUCGUGUCACGCUCCGUCCACUAUUUCUAAAACAUCUGAAAUUAUUGAUCUGCACAAAAAAUUUCUCAAUAGAACAAUGAGUCCAAAUUUGUCACCACGUCUAGAUAUAACACCCACUGUAGAUAUUUUAAGUUAUAACAAAUCUCAAUCACAGUCGCCGUCAAAGUCGUAUAGUUCCGAAGUUUUCGACGAAGCGUGUCGAAUGUGCGGUACUAGUGACGAACCAUUAUCUGAUGCCGAGUGUCUGGUGUCUUUGCGCAAGUAUCGAGAAACACGAUCUAGACUAUUGGGUGUGAUCCAAAAAGAGCAACAACUUAAUCGAUCAGUCAUCGAUCGACCGUCAUCAAUGCCUACGUUUAUGGACACGCUGUCGUUUCCCGACAACCACACGAGGGAACUCAUGUACGCAGAGUACAUGGAAAAAGUGAAAGAAAGAGAAAAUAGACUUCAAAAUAAAGUUAUUAGGAUAACAAAGGCCAGUAGACCGUUGUCGUCAGGUACCCUGCAAUCAUUAAACGAUAUCGAUGCAGAGUUUGUAACCAAAGCUCGAGAGAGGUUGGAUAAGUUGGGCGUCGAGGCGGAUGUGCAUAUAGAAGUGAAGGAUGAAUAUUAUCCAAAACACUUGGAGGACCUUGUCCCGGAAGAAGAAGUUUGCGUCGAAGAAGUGCACAUGAAUGUCAGGACAAAUAACAAAAUAUCUAAACGAAGGAUAUCUGAUUGCUCACUGCUUGACGAAAUCGAUCAAGUUUUUGGCGGAUUUUUGACUAGAAAAAAUAUAGGUGUCUGGUCACCAGAGCUGAAGCAUAAAUCAUUGGACUUAGAGAAUAUCUCAAGAAAAAUAGAAAAAAAACAGCCGCGGACCGAACUACCUCCAGUAUGGACACCCAACUCCAGUCCAACACCUGAGAGAAAGUCUUACAAGCCAGUCAGGUUCGAGUCACCAACGUUAUCACGAAAGAUAAUCAAUGUGGAUACUCAAAAAGUACCUUCAAAACCACCGGUUGACUUACCUGUAUUGAGCCCUCCACUACCACCUCCUCCACCACCAUCAUUACCAUUGAAAACGCAAGGCGAUGAAAAUGUUCAUUGCACGGACAGGAGACUUCCGAGAGUUCAAAGCCCUACCGUUACACUCCUUCAGAAAGCAAGAGAAGGACAGUUACCAAAAGGCUCUGCAUACCUCAACUCAGAAGAAUAUAGUAUGGACAAAGAAAAUAAAACUAGAGGUUCUACUGUAAAACGUAAUGUAGAAACCCAAGAAAUAAAAUAUGCUUCAAGGCGCGAAUAUGACAGUCUGCAAUCGGAUGAGAAAAAGCAAAAAAAAAUGGUCGAAAUCAGUCAAAAAAAGUAUGAAGGCAUCGGCCCGACAACCAAAGAAGGAGUACCAAUUGUAUUAAGAUCGGAAAUCAAAGAACCAAAUCAACCAAAAUGGUACAAACAGAUGUAUGAGUCUUUACAUAAGUUUCAAUCCGAUGAUGACGGGGUAACAGUACGAUACAAAACAUUAUCGCGAGGACCUAAAGCCAGAAAAGGUGACGGAUAUUCAUCGGAACCGGAAAAAGGAUAUGAAUCAGAUUUCGCCGAAAACAGACUGUUUCAAAAUUUAGACGGUGAAUACACGAGGAACGUUUCCAUGAGAAGAUCAGUAUCCCCUGUAAAAAGUGGACAAGACAGAUACAAGAACCAGCCAAGACCAAUUGAAAACUAUGAACCAGGACAUUCUUCGAUAGCCGAGAAGGAAACGAAACAGUGGUGGGACGAGGUUAUGAAUACUUUUGAAGGAAAUUCCGAACAUAAAAUUCCUCCUCCUCAAAAUCGGUCAUCGUCAAAAAAAUCAAAUUUGGCUCAAGCCUUUAAAGAAUCUGGGUAUGAUAGCGAUUCUACAUUAAUAUUUAAAAGGCAAGAAAAUCAAUCUCAAUGUCUUUCACCAACUGAACAAAAAACUGCAUAUAAAGUAAUUCAAAAUGGCGGAGAAGUACCAUUCCAAGGCUUACGAAAAACUUUUCCUGAACGACCAAAAGAUUUGGAGUUGGAGUAUUUGCCAAUCACGUCUCAUUUAACUAAAAUCCAAAUUAUGAAAUUCGAUAAUGAAGUAAUUCAUCACCCUUGGAAGGAAGUCACUUGUUACCCAGUAUUUUCAAACUUUAAGAGAACCGCAAAAUCAUCUGCUAGUUCUACUGGAUCACCUCCAACACCUCCUCGACGAGAAUCAUCUCGUAAAAAUUCUAGACUUGAACGAUGGACAAAAGGGGUUGACAUAGAAUCUAGUGUCGAACUAAAAAUUCGUAAAUCAAAACCUGAAACAGAGAAAAGAUCAAAAAGCUCAAGUUUAAAAAGUUCCACAAAAAUGUACACUAAUGACUUUAAGAAGGAAAAAGACAAACCUUCCAAAGUUACAGUUGCAGUAUCAACUAAAGGAAAAGUGCUCCCAAGGUCCAGUACUUCAUCAACAAAUUCGUCAGAAUCAUCGUUACCUAAGAAAACAAAAUUAUUGUCAACUCCAGCUAAAAGCAUCCCCGUUUCUAAAAUUUCUCAGAAAACAAUUUCGAAAGAUAAGGUUCUUAAAAGUAAUUUAGUAAAAACGAAUAAUGGAAAACGGCAAAGUAAAAAAAUUGAAAUGGUCAAAACUACAGUGAAAUCGAGUUUAAAAAGUGAAAAAGUUGUUAAAGAUAAUGAAAAACAAAAUCAAUUUGGAGAAGAAUUUUUUCAACAAUUGCUUUUAACUGAUGAAAAAACAAAACAAAUUCCUAAAAUAAGUCCAAUCAAGAAUAAAGAAAAAUCUAAUGUAUGUCGUAAAGGAAGCAAAAUAGACACAUAUUUAUCAAAUAAAAAGCCUGUGUCUGAAUCUAAAUUUAAAUCUUUUGAUAAAUAUCAGUCCUCCGGUGUAACUGAAUGGGAUCAAUUUGGAGAUGAAAGUGUUGAUUUUUUAAAAGGCAGAAGUGCCAGUGAACCACCUUCACGGUCUCCAUCUUCUCGUCGCAUAAAAAGUUUCCAAGCACCGGUGAAAUUAAUUGAAAGUGUAACUGGUAUUCGCCGAUGUCAAAGAUCUAAAAGUGCUGAAGAACCUAUGGAGAGAGUGAAAAAUGCUGCAGUUGAUUAUGAAUACCAAACCUAUGUGAGAGAGCUAAGACACUCAAGUAAGAAAUCCGAACGCUUUAAAGAGUUGCAUAAUUUUUAUUGUAGUUUAGAAAGAUUGGGAGAAUUAGAAAAAACUGCAGAAAAGGCGAGUAAUAAAGUUAGAACACGCGGAGAUUUGGUUGAUUAUGAUAAGUGGAAGACUAUUAGAGUCAAGGAAAGAGCUGAAACUGAAAUAAAAUCAUUACAUGCAAAACUUGAAGAUGUCCAGAAGUCAAAAGAUGUGCUAUACAAGACGAAAGAUCCUGAGGAAAUACGUUGGAAAGGGAAUUUAGAUCGUGGCUUGAGAAAUAAAGAAACUUCGGUAAUUGAUUUGAAACGAAAAUUCCAUGCUAUAGGGAAUGAUACUUAUCGUAAACCAGAAGUAAAUGUUUACAGACCACUUUGGAGAGGAACUUCAGUGCAAGAUGUGGCUGAAUCAUUAAAACAUAUUACGUCAUCAAAAAGAGGUCGUCCUGUAUCAGAAGAGAGGGAAAAAAAUUAUACAUCCAUACCUAGACGAUCGAGUUCUAGAAGUCCUUCUAAUAUUGGUUGCCGCAUAUGGAGCAGUCUUUCUAUGGAACAAUUGAAUCGACUCAAGACACAACUUAAUGAAGUCUACAGUACAAUAUCUGACCUGAAAGGAGAAAGGGUACCAAGAGCUAUACAAACAAAUAAAUUAAAAAACGAUUAUGAAAUUGAAGUAAAUGGCAGGGUAAAAAGAUCUGAAAUCAGUUCAUCGUUGUAUAUAAGGUCAAGUUCCAUGGGACCAGCUAGAAAAAAAGAUAGAGAAGAAGGCCUCAGAAAAGCUGAUUCGAUUGGAUCAGUAUGUUUAAGUGAAAAUGAAAAAAAAAAAAUUUCAAAAAAUAUAAGUAAUGAAGUGUUGGAAAAAAAACAAAAAAAACAUUCAAGCAAUGUAGUAAUACCAAAAGAAACCUUAGGAGCUGUUGCUGCUGUAAAAUGUAAAAGUAAUAUUUCUGAAAGUGUUUCACCAAGAACUUGUUACUCAAUAGACGUAUCUGAAGAAGAAUCUGUUGCAAAGAAUUACGAAAAAAAUUAUUUAUUGGUUUUGGCUGAUAACGAAGACAAGAAAAAAAUGAUUUCUGACUGGGCCAAUGGCACAAAUGUUAGUGAAUCCAGCUCAUCUGCGUCUACAGUUAUACACCUUGGAACAAAGAAAACAAAUUUACAUUCAUCUCAAAGUUUUUCAUCCAUGAAAUGUAUUUUUGGAGAAAGAGAAUGUAUGCGAAGAGUAUUAUCUCCGUCACCAGAUCGCUGUUACGAAUAUUCAAAAUUAAUUAAAAAUGGAGCUGUAAGAAAGCUCCGUAGAAAAUUUGAAAGCUUCGAUGAUCUUAGAUUUUUGCAUACUCCAAUCGAAUCAAAUACUUUAAAAAGAUAUAAGAGUGAUCCCGAACUUAACAGGAAUAUUAUUAGAUAUCAUGAGUAUGGUGAUGUGCAAAAUCUGAAAACCAAGUACGAACGGUGCAAAAGCCCAGUGCCUAAAUGUCCGUUGAGACCAGACAAUAGACUCAUGCCCCGUAUAAAUGUAAUUAGUAAACUGGCCAGUCUUCAAGACAAGUUAACUAAGGGCGAAGUAGAAAGAAUAAGGAUCAUGUUUGAAAAUAGAAAUAGAGCAUUUAUGUUGGGCCAAUUUUAUACUUCUACUCCAGACUUGAGAGAAGCAAGGAAAAUGAUACCAUUUUUAGACUGUAAUUGGAUGGCACACAGAUAUCCGGAACCAGAACCUUUUACCAAACCAAAAACGAGACCUAAAUCUGCAUCACCAGUCAGAUACAGUAGAAAACAUCAUCAUCCUUCUAUUCUAAAACAUUCAAAACAUGAUGGGUUUUUAAGCCAACCAUACAAUCCAGAAGCUCAUAAGCCCAAGUAUAGGUGGACGCCAUCUUGGAAUGGUGUAUGGACCCAACAGCCAACAUUACCACCGAAACCAUCGAUCGUUAAAUUUAAAGAUUCUCCGCACAAAUAUGCGGAGUCGGAGGUGACACUACAGUAUCGUCGUCCGGUUCGGAAUGAAAUUAAAGAAGAAUGGUCAGAAGAAGAGUUAGCUAACAAGCAGGCAGAAGCUAUGAGAAGGAUUUAUCAAGAGGAAAGACGGAGAAAGUACCUACAAGAACUUCAAGACAUGUCGAAUAGGAGACACGCUGACAACUUAUUGCCUUCUCAAAAAUCACCUAUCCCCUUAAACCGCUACGACGACUUUGUAGACGAAAGUCCACAGCCGCCAAGAAGUCGUACUCCGGAACCAAAACUCGUAGCAAGAGCUUUAUACAAUUUUGUUGGCCAAACGUCCAGAGAACUGUCGUUCCGGAAAGGUGACAUCAUAUUCGUCCGGAAGCAGAUCGACAAGAAUUGGUACGAGGGGGAGCACAACGCCAUGGUCGGAUUGUUCCCUUUCAACUAUGUCGAGGUAAUUCCGUACGAUGGCAUCAGGACAACGCCGCACAGACCUUACGAGGGCCAGGCAAGAGCGAAAUUCAAUUUUAUGGCACAGACUAAUAUGGAAUUGUCGCUAGUCAAAGGGGAACUGGUUGUUCUGACUAGGCGUGUUGACAACAACUGGUACGAAGGCAGAAUCGGAAGCAAAAAAGGAAUAUUCCCUAUAUCUUACGUCACAGUCUUAGUGGAACCAGGCGAUCAUUCGAAUUCGUCGACAAGCGAGUCGUUCAAGCCCGUGGCGUCUCCGGCAUCGCAUUCUCUCAUUACAAGUAAUCCGCCGAAGACGCAGCACAUGUACCAGCCGGAUAGCUAUUCUUCUAUGCCGACAAGAAGUUCCGGGACCCAAACGAAGAAACAAACAAAUAACAUGAACGAAACUCUACACGUAGACGUACAUUCAGAACCCAUGCCUUAUAGGGCAUUAUACAAUUAUAAGCCACAGAACAGUGACGAAUUGGAACUUAGAGAAGGCGACGUAGUGUUCGUGAUGGAAAAAUGCGACGACGGGUGGUACGUGGGAUCGAGUAAGCGGACAGGAUGCUUCGGCACUUUUCCCGGCAAUUAUGUUCAACGCAGUAUCUGAUCUGAUCUGUUCACGGAAAAAACAAAACAAUUUUUCUAAAAAAUCAUCCUUGCGUCUCCUCGUCCUCCCCAUCCUCUUUUUCCUCCUCUCCGUGUCCCCGGAUUCUCACUUGUCUCUCUAAGUAAAACAUAAUUUUAUAUAUACCAAAGGAUUUUGCAUUAAUUAUAAGUUGUUUUUUUUUUUUGGUUAUAGUUUUAAACGUUCACUGUUAACAUAUAAUAUUACGUAUUAUGUGUAAUGUACAUUUCGUCUGUAAUUAGAUAUUGUGUUGUCAUAAUCGAAUAACAUUAUAUUAUUACUACUAUUAUUAUUAUUAUUACGAUUAUAAUUAUUGUAAAUUAAAAAACACUAGUCAAUCAAUAUCACUAUUAGAGAUACAAUAAAAUAUAAUAUACCUAUACUCUAUUCAAUAUUGUAAUGGUAUAGAACACUAUAUAUAUUAUAAUAUAAUAUAUUUUACUCCAACGGGCAACGGAGUUGUUAAUAUUUGUAAAAUAAUAGUAUAAUACUAUUAUACUUUUAUGCAUAUUGAACGUACGUCAUUUAUGACCGAUCGGCAUUACACGUGUGUAAACCUAAGCUGCUUUGUUUUUCUAAGAAUCUUAGCCCCUCUGAACGAAACCAGAAUAUAUUAUUAUGAUAUUUUAUUGACGUGCCUUGAAUUUUGUUAUUUUUGUUUUAAUUCGCCUACGGGAGUCUAGAAACAGGCUUUAAUUCUA